AUCCCCAGUUUGUCUAAAUUAUUCUCCCAAAUCUUCAAGCCCUAGCGCUACACGCCUACACUGCAGCUCUGCGAAUCUCCCAUGGCUUCCAAGCGGCCGAAUCCGAAAAAAGACCCUCCAGCUGCUUCUUCUGAGGAAGACAGUUCCUCCACCGAUGAAGCCUCUUCCGCCGAAGAAAUGCCGCCGCAGGUGAGAACGUUGCCUCCCCAUCCUCAACCGAAGAAUCCAACUGUUGAGAAACCCGAUUCCGACUCCGAGUACGAAUCAGACACGGAUUCCGACUCUGUCCCGCCGCCGAAGAGCUCUGGGGUUCUGCACAACGUGAAGCCAAUCGCUUCCAAGCCCCAGCCUAAAGCUCAAGUGCGUACCGCGGCUCCUGCCUCUUCCUCAAAAUCUACGCCGGCGACAAAGAGGGCGAGUGAAACUGAAAGGGAAGCAAAGGACUCCAAGAGGCAGAAAAAGGUGGUGGAAGGCGACGCAGAAGGCGACGGUAAGAACGAAUAUACGCCAAGAGUGCUCUUCCAGCGGCUAUGGGGUGAGAACGACGAGAUAGCAUUGUUGAAUGGGCUGAUCGAGUUCGCUGAGAAGAAAGGAGCUGAUCCUUUGAAGGACUUGGCGGUUUUUUAUGAUUUCAUCAAGAAGUCUGUUGCUGUGGAUGUGUCGCUGUCUCAAUUGAAGGAGAAAGUGGUCAGAUUGAGGAAGAAAUUCAAGAAUCACGCCAAAGGGAAGAAUGGUUUGGACAAGAGCUUUAGCAAAGCUCAUGACCAGAAAACUUUCGACCUGUCGAAGAUGAUCUGGGACAGCCAGGGAGAAUCUCUUCUAGGUCGAAUUGCUAUCGGUAAGUCAAGCGGAAAAGCGAAGAAGAGCAGUGGUGCUAACGUUGUAGGUAGCAGUAAAAGUGCAUCUAAGGAUGCUGAUUUGGUUGCAGCGAAUGGACAUGAAAAUGCAACUCGUGCUGCUUUGGGAUCAGGGAACGAAGGAGGGGAAACGAUGGAAAUCGAUGGGGUCAAUGAUCAGAAAGAUGGGUUAAUCUUUGAUUGGAGCCCAGCUGAUGCAGAAGUUGAGGCCUUUGUGGUGAACAAGGGAAUGGACAUGGUGGAUGGAUCAAAAAGAAACGAGCUUGCUAGAAGAUGGAAGGAGCUCGAUAUCGAAGCUUUGGAGCACUUUGUUAAGAGGAAACAAUUGAUCAUUGAUCAGGCUCAGAUGAUCCUGGACAGUAGCAGCAGCUAGGAGGAAGUUGGAUUUCAUGAAGGAAGACAGCAUCAUCUAACAAGUUUUAUGUUCUCAUGUUUCUGUUUUUAAAUUUAUGUGGAUGCGUUGUAUGUUCCAACUGCUUUAUCUUAUGGAGAACCUAUGGUGCGUAGUGGCUCUCAUCUGCAUUAUGCUUUGUUGGUUUGAUUGAGAGAUUAGGAGGCUUCCUAAACCAUAUUGGCAUCUCUGGUGUUUAUGGUUCUUGCUCAGUUAUUGGUGUAGGUUUAGAUGCUGAUGCUUUCUCGUGAUUGUUGAACCGCUGUGAUCGCUUUUGAUUAGUUGAAAUGUUAAGAUGUGUUUGUUGGCCUGUUGUUAUCUUUCCAGCAUCUUGAAUGGUGGCUAUGAAUGAACUUGCCUUCUUGAA